CAAUAAUAAAUCCAUUCAUCUGCAUAUAUCUACUACUGAAUCUCCUCAUAUACCCACCCAACUAUCCAUGGCACCUACAAGGUUAAUGACCUGGGACCCAACCCAAUUCUUCCGAACGGAAGAAGGCCUUCCCUCGAGUCCCUACGCCCUGCUCAUCCUCAACCAUCCAAUCAACGAGAGAGCAUAUGAUGUUUUACAAAAGCAUGCACUAACAACCGUCUGCGCCGACGGCGGCGCCAACCACUUCUACGAGAUGAUGAAAGCGCGGGGGAGAGAGGAUGUAGAUCACCCCACCACCAUAAUCGGCGACCUCGACUCCAUCCACCCAACAAUAAAGUCCCACUACGAGUCGCACGGGGUAAACGUGAUCUACCACCACGACGACUACAGUACCGAUUUCACCAAAGCAUUGCGAUAUAUUCGCGCCAACACUGCCGAAAUCUUAUCAUCCUCAUCAUCAUCCACCACCCACCAACAAUACAAAGAAAGUGAUAGCUUGUCAAUACUAAUCCUCGGCGGUCUCGGCGGCCGCGUCGAUCAGGCAUUCUCACAGAUACAUCAUUUGUAUUCUAACUCUACCAUUCCUUCUUCCUCUUCUUCUACCGAAGGGGAUAGGAAGGAAGGGAAGAAUGGGAAUGAGGGCGCAUUAUAUCUCGUCUCGGAGGAAAGUAUCACGUUUAUCUUACAUCCGGGGAAGAAUGUGAUUCGUACUCCUGGGGUGAAGAGGGCUGAUUUAUCUGUCUCUACUACCUCCGGUGAAGAAGAAGAGUAUCUACUGGAAGAAAACGUCGGCAUUAUCCCACUCUCUGGACCGGAGAGGAUCACGACGAAAGGAUUCCAGUGGGAUGUGGAAUCCUGGGAAACGGAAAUCGGGGGCCAGAUUAGUACGAGUAAUCAUAUUCGGGCGGAGGAGGUGGAGGUUAGUGCUGGGGGAGCGGUGUUGUUUACGGUGGAGUUGGCGGGGAGGUUUAAACGUUCAUCAUCAUCAUCUUCUUAG